UCCUCCCUGCUCACGCUCUUUCUCGCUCUCUCUCUCUCUCUCUCAAAUAAAGUCUGUCUUUAAAAAUAAUGAAAAAAUGCCCAUGUUAAUAAAUACCCACACCACCUCACAACUUAGGUACAUGCCCUUUCUGGUUCUAGCAAUCUGCAGCAGUUCCUGCUUCAGUUGAUGAUGUUUUGGGCUUUAGCGGUAUCUCAGCCCUAGGCCUGCUCCCCUGAGGCUGCUGGAAGGCUAUGCUCCGCAGAGGGACCCAGUCAGCUACCGUGAGGAAAGUCUGUAAUUCAAGGAUUGCCAUGUGACUUGUCACCACUGUCAAGCAAUCCCACUGAUUUAGGAGCCCCUGCUAACUCCUUAUUCAUUUAAAAAAAAAACAAAACCCUAUGCUCAUUCAUUCUGUUCACCCAGUUUAAUAAGUCCCACAUCAGUCUUGAUUGCUCUUCCCCUGGGAGGAGGCAGGUAGGCCGGACUUUGAACUUGCCACGGCUGGGUCCAUUCCUCUAGGGAGAUGCUCUGGAGCAGCUAAGUAGGAGGACAGGGGGAUCUGGGGCACCGUUAGAUCACACUCGCUGAAGCAACCUCCCGCAGAAGGGAGAUAGGGCCUUAGCCAACUGCCUGUCACACAACAGAUUGGUGCUUCUUUCCUAGACGAGGCUGAAAGGGGUCAACGUGAACACCUCAUUAUGAGACUUCUAUUUUGAUUACAAUGAUUUCACUGAGCUAUUUUGGAAUCAAAAUGUGGCUAGGUGCCUGGUUUCCCUCAGUAGCUUCACGUGGCCUUCAAAGGGAAGGAGGGGGUGGUGCUGACUUUUGGUAAAAGGUUCAAGCCAGCACCACAAUCACUCAAAGUCCAGAUGAGGGAUCAGUAAAUACAACGUGCCCGAAAGGCAGGCCUUGAGCACAUUGCUCUGGUAGACAUUAACUUAUUAAAUCCACCCUGACUGCAAAUAUAAACUUUGCCCCCACCUCACCUGGCAACCAUAAAAGAGGUGAAUUCCAGUCUAUAAAAGUGGGAACUGUCGCUGGACUCCAGGCUCCAACCACCUCCCUCUGGCAAGAUGUGGCACCUCAAACUCUUUGCAGCGCUCAUGAUCUGCUUGCUGCUGUUGAACCAGGUAGAUGGCUCCCCCGUACCGGAACUGAGUUCAACAAGAAGGCUACGGAGGAUGACCCCAUUUUGGAGAGGGGUCUCCCUCAGGCCCAUUGGAUCCUCUUGCCGGGACGAUUCGGAAUGUAUCACGAGGCUGUGCAGAAAAAGACGCUGUUCCCUAAGUGUGGCCCAGGAAUGAUGUACAAACCAGGGGAAAAGAGGACAGUGCUCACCUACAACAAUGCUCCGUUCUAUGGAAUAUUGAUUAACUGCAUUUUGGCUGGAGACACUUGAGUAAAGCAAUCGUGUAUUUUUAAUAUUUAAAGACAGAUGUAUGCUUUAAACCGGUCUCCGUUUCUUCUUAGAAUGUGAU